AUGACCCGCGUGGCAGUCUACAGCGUGGCGCUGGGCGUCUUCGUUGCUGCUACGAUAUUGACAAUCGUGUCGAUCCUGACGCCGAACUGGCUGAACUACGAGAUCCGCAGCGCCAACACGGACAAGACGUUCAAGCACACGCUGGGCCUGCACCAGCUGUGCUCGUCGGCCAGCGAGCCCGCCUGCCGCCCCUACCCGACCGACGACGAGUGCAAGGAUGAUGCCUUCUUCUGCUCCAUGUGGCGCAGCUCCGGCUUCCUCAUGUCGUUCGCGACCAUCGUCGAGCUCGCCACCCUGGUCUCGUUCCUCGUCGUCAUGGCCGGCGGCAAGUACAAGCGCGAGGACGGCUGGAAGCUGAUCGGCGGCCUGCUCCUGGCGGAUGCCGUGGUCGAGUUCGCCGGAAUGGGCCUCGUGGCUUACCUCUUCAACCACGACGAGCAGUUUGCCGUUCCCGGCUGGGGUCUUGGCUGGUCGUGGAUUCUGUGUACCAUCAGUGCUACCGUUUCGGUGCUGGUCGCAGCGAGUCUCGCCGCCUCCGCCUGGGUCCUCCCUCCGGAAGACGACUACGAGUACUUGGAGGAUCCAGUUAAUGACAUUUAA